ACCCGUACUGGGAAGAGUACUACCCCUUAUACUUGGGCUCAAGAGGAGCAAAUGGCCGUCAUUUUAAAAGAGAGAAAAGAGAAGAAGGAGCUCCUCAAGCAGGCGAAGUUAAAGGCAAUUGCAGAGGAGCAGGCGGCGAAGAAAAAGAAGUUGGAGGAGGAGAUGAUGAGGUUACAGAAGGAGGAGGAAAAGAAAAGGAGAGUUGCCGAAGAAGAAGAAGCAGAGGAGGAGGAAGCAUUGGAAGAAGGACUCCUCAGAAGACGUACAAGAGAGAGAGGACAGAGGAGUGGCACAAAGGAAGAACAUAUGUGGAUGGAGAAGAAGAUAUUUGAAUGGGUGGCUAAUCUAUCACUGGGAGAAGACGAAGAGGCAAUGUUAUAUGUGCCUCAGGAGGAGAAGGAAGCAGUAGUCAGGGAGCUGGAAGCUAUCGAGGACCCCCUGGACCGCCAGAUGCUAGAGGAUGAAAAAAGAUUGGAGUGGAAGUUGCUUCUGGCAAGGGAGAAGAAGAGGAGGAGGGAGGAGGCCAACCAGAUACAAUCGUGUAAGCAAGAAGUGGGAGCACAGCAGGAUAUUCCGGCCAAACUAGACAAGAUCUUGAGUUAUCUCGAGAUUUUGGGACAGGCCUGGACUAAGCAAUAUCAGGCUAAUAAGGGCCAAGAACAUAUCGCGCCAGAGGAACAAGUCCUCAUGGCCUUCCAUGCACUGAAGGAUGAAGCAGUCAGCUUCGCCAGGUCCCUUGCGCGCACAGCCGAUUGUGAGCACAAUAUGGUUGCGUACUCUAGGCUCACCCCUCUUCCUACCUUCAUCAAACUCCUGCGAGAGAGGUUCACUAACGUCACAAGGGGCGUCAGGCCCUCCGAUAAACUGCAAACAAUCCACUCCAGGCAGUGGAAGAGUGCAAGAGCACUCAAAGCAGUGAUGGAUGACCUUGUAGCCAUCCCAGACCACGGGGUCACUGAGACCCAGUUGGUUAACUUAUUUUAUCGUGUCAUGCCAGAGCCCUUGCGAGGGCAUUUCUUUGAUAAGACCCAACAGGCCAAUAUUACGUAUGAUGCGUUAAGUAGGGAAGUGGUCCUGUUCGAGGCGAAGUCCAUGCUUGUUUCCACUUUCUGGCAUAAGGACUUAGACAAGGGAAAGAAGUGGAAGGGACGUACCAUCUCAGGUCAGGUUAGGGCCAAGGAUCACCUGAUCCUUACUUUGGAUGAGGGUGGUACGGACGAAGUUCUCUACAGUCAAAUUGGGUGUGGGCUAGCGGAGGAGGACAUUGGUGUUUUCGCAGUAGACCUGAGAGGAAAGGAUGAAGCAGGGCAAGAUGACAGUCAAUCCUCCACGAUGUUGGAGCAAUCAAUGCUGGUCAGGGGUCCUUCGGCCGGCCGGAAGGAAGCGUGGGUGAGUAGUUAUGAUGUAUCCUGUAAUUCUGACUUGCCGGUGGAAUAGGAACCGGACUGAUUGAAAGGGUCUUUUUCACCCAAUGUAGGCCUCAGGCCUUGUAACUAAGCAACGUGGGCCAUGUAAAAGUAAAGCAGCCUGAAAAGG